AGAGAGUAUACAUUCUAUUUCCUACAUCAACGCCGCAUUUACAAUCAGACAAACUUUUUCUUUCUCUCUGAGAGAUUCUUCUCUUCUUCCAUAAUUCACUUCUCCAUUAAUCAAUCUAUGGAGAAGAAAAUGGAUCAUCAUCUCUGCUUCUCAAACACUAGUCAAUUACUCAAUCUCUUCAUUUCUGAGUUAACUCUCUUCUCUUACUUCAUUCUCUCUCACCCUCUUUACUUCUCUUACUUCAUCUUCUUCUCUCCUUACCUUGUUAAAAUCAUCUCAUUUCUCUCCCCUCUCUUCAUCACCAUUUCCCUUUUACUCCUUGCACUUGUCAACAACACCAUCUCCCCUGCUUUUUUCAUAUCUUCCCCUGACUCAGACAAUGUUAGUACUAUUCUGCUAUCUUUCAAGAAUGCUCUACUGGAAGCUGAUGCUGAAAUUGAGGAGUUUGAUCGUUUUGAGGAUUUUGAAGUUUACAAGAUUGUGUUUCAAGAAAACCCAAUUGAGUUUUUUCACUAUACAUCCCCUGAAGAAAGUGAAAAAUCACUUCUUGAUUCUUCAGUUCAAGAAAAAGACUCUGCCAUUGCCACUGCCACAGUUGAUCUUGAAAAUUCAGGGGUUGUAGUGGAAAUGGAUGAGUUUGAAAGCAAAAAUUGUGCUGAUAAUGUGGAAAGGAAGAAAAUUGAGGAAAUGGGCACGAAGGUCGAGAAAGUUGUUGAAAAACAAGAAAUGAUGAUGGGAAAUGGAUCCAAGGAGGUGGAUAAAGUGAAAAAGGCACAUUCUUGGAGUAAUCUUGACCAGAAUUUAGGGAGUUAUGGAUCUAUGAGGAAAGAAAAAGAGUGGACAAGGACAUUAGCAUGUAAACUUUAUGAAGAAAGGCACAAUUCUAGUAGUGAUGAAGGAAUGGAUUUGUUAUGGGAAACUUAUGAAUUAGACUCUGGAAAGAGCAAACUCAAAAGGGAUAACACUACAAAGAAGAAGAAGAAAGGAGAAUCCACAUCCAAAUCCAAAUCCAAAUCCAAAAGCUACAAAAAGUAUGAAGAAGACAAAGGCGAAGAAGAAGAAGAAGAAGAUAUGAAUGAACAACAGUUAUGUUGCUUACAGGCUCUCAAGUUCUCAGCUGGAAAGAUUAAUUUAGGAAUGGGAAAGCCUAAUCUUGUUAAGAUUUCCAAAGCAAUUAAAGGGUUUGGAUGGUUACAUCAUGUCACCAAGAAAAACAAAGUCCAUUGUGGAGAUAGAUUUUAGUAUAUGCUUUUAUAUUGAGUAAUUAAAAGAUACUCAUGUUUGUAGUAAUAUUACUAUAAUAUGUUUUCCAAGAAAUUAGACUACUUAACAAGUAAAUAUUUUUUGUUGUAGUUCUUUAGUUAUGUAGCUAUGGUACAACAAUUAAUCAAAUCCUAUCUCAUUAUCCAUGA